UCCUUUCUGAAAAGCAGAAGAAGAAUCCAGUCUCGCUCCUGAGUUUCACGUGUUUACAAAAUAGCUCGUUGUAAACACCUGGAUUUCUCACUAACUCUCGACAUUUAUCCGCAAACGGUAUAAUCAUGUCUUCCAGUUGUCGCCGACCGGAACAUUCAGCGCCUCCCGAUGUGUUUUAUAAUGCAGAGGAAGCGAAAAAAUAUUCCCAAAACUCCAGAAUGAUAGAGAUUCAGACUCAGAUGUCUGAGAGAGCUGUAGAACUCUUAAACCUGCCAGAAGACCAGCCCUGCUUUCUAUUGGAUGUGGGCUGCGGUUCUGGUCUCAGUGGAGAUUACCUGACAGAAGAAGGACACUUUUGGGUGGGCGUGGAUAUCAGCACUGCUAUGUUGGAUGUGGCGCUGGACAGAGAGGUGGAAGGAGACCUCUUGCUAGGUGACAUGGGUGAGGGGAUGCCUUUCCGAUCAGGGACCUUCGACGGCUGUAUCAGCAUCUCAGCCCUGCAGUGGCUGUGUAACGCAGACAAGAGGACGCACAGUCCGCCCAAGAGACUGUUCACCUUCUUCAGCACGCUCUAUUCCUCCCUGUCGAGAGGCGCGCGAGCAGUCUUCCAGCUUUAUCCAGAGAAUUCAGAACAGCUGGAACUGAUCACCACACAGGCCAUGAAGGCAGGUUUCAGCGGAGGCAUGGUGGUCGACUACCCCAACAGCAGCAAGGCCAAGAAGUUCUUCUUGUGUCUGUUCGCUGGUGUGACCGGGGUUCUUCCCAAAGGUUUGGGAUCAGAAACUUCAGACAGGACUGUUCCAAACCAGGUCCAGUAUUCAGGACAGAGAUGUCGCUUCGCAAACAUGAAAGGGAAGUCGGUGAAGAAAGGAAGAGACUGGAUCUUGGAGAAAAAGGAGCGGAGGAGGAGACAGGGACGGGAAGUGCGAGCUGACACCAAAUACACCGGGCGAAAGAGAGGACCACAUUUUUAGAAAAGACCGACACUACCUCUGGAGCAUUGGACUUAAUUAACAGCCUCUUUUUAAUUGAGAUUAAAGGCCAAAUAUGCUCAUAUUUUGCAUCACGUGAUGAUGGGCAGACUGUCAUGGCUGCCAUAUGGGGAUGUCUUGUAUAAAGAACUGUCCAGUUUCACCUUUCAAAUUGAAUUUCAACAUGAUUCUGAGACACACAUCUGGACUGUGGCUGCUGCCCCCUCGACCUGAACACAGCUCAGCGCGAGAAGAGGGAACGAUGGGUGUUGAGAAGCACAUUUGAAGUAGGCAAGAAGCUUCUCUCUGUUCUGAAAAUGUUAAAGUAAAAACAUUACAGCCGUGUUUCUCUAUAAACCAGUCUUUAAAGCAUGAUGGAAGGAGGAUGUGCAACAGAAAUCAUGACUCAUCACUUUCGUUCUGGAGCUCGUCGUCACGCGACCCAUUGUGUGGUUAAAUGCAUUAGAGUGCGUGUGACAGUUGUGUGCAUUAUCACUGUAAAUAAACCGUCGAUUCAUUAUUGUUGUAUU